AUGAUGCACGCAGAACAACUCUUCCUGGCCUGCCUGAUGGGUCUGAUGUCCGUGUUCGGAGUGGCUGCCAACAUAGCAGCCCUGACUGGUUUGUGCUUGAGUGCUGUUAAGAGAAAACGAUUUUCUAAACCUGUACUUCUCUUCCUCAUGCUCUCUAUUACUGAUAUGGUGUUUGCUGGAGCUGUCAGUGCCCCCACCACACUAGCCCUCUUCAUCGGGAAGGACGUACUGGGACCUUACUGCAACUUCCACACUGUUCUUGCCAGAUGGUUACUCUACUUCCAAGCAGUCCUCCUGGUUACAAUAGGUAUUGACAGAGCUUACCUCUCGGUCAGACCUCUUCUUUACAGAAAAUACGGAUCUUUGAAGGAUUUCCUGGCUCUUGUAGCUCUAGGACUGGUUCUAACAGGCUUGAUCUCAAUACCCAAGCUCUAUCUCCAACGGUUCGUGUACAACCAAGGGCUGGGCCAGUGUGUGCUGUACGGGUACCACGACUCUAAGUCCGGCUUCUCCAUGAUCCUCAACGCAGCGGACAAGAUAAUAGGGAUGGGUGGGAUGCUGUGUCUCAUAGGAUGUAACCUUGUGCUGAUCUUCUCUAACCGGGGCAGGUCUCUGAGAGCGGGCUCCAAGUCCUCCAGGAAGCCGGCCCAGAAGCUGACUGUUAUUGCCGUGAUAGUCAUGCUGGUCUUCGUCAUCUCCGUUCUACCGUAUCUGGUUAUAAAGAUGUUGUUCAACAUUAAGAAGAGCUUGUUCGUGCCACCCUUCCACCCGUGGAUGAAGCGGGCUAUAGUGAGCUCCUACUUUCUAAUGCACAUCAGUUCCAGUGUUAACCCAGUACUGUACGUCCUGCAGGGGUUCGCUCCAAAGAAGCUGGUGGAUGUGAAGCUGUCCCUGAACAUCCUGGAGUCAGGUCAGAAGAGUGUGGCAAGUGCGGGACAGUUGAGGAGAUCUACUUUGGGGUUUAAGACCAGCGUGUGUUCCAUUACGAACUAUCCUGAGGGGGCUGGGUCCAGAGACAGACUGUAUAUAGUGAGGAAGGAGGGAGUGGGAGAGUCUGUGGAGCGCUCUGCAGAGGUGACCAACUCAAUAUGUCAUAUAGAAUAAACGUUUCAACAUUUUAGUAAUGCAAACAAUCAGAGUGAAAGUCAGCAGCGUAAAACGUUUGAGUUAUCUGGGAACCCCAGGCUGAUCGUUCAUAAACAUAGAAGAUAUUGCGGAAUGACAGGCUGAGCACCGCCCAGUAAUAUUUGAGUACCUUAGAUACACUGCUCAGAGUAACAUUGAACAUAUAAAAUAUAUAUAUUGCUAUUACCAACAUUCGAGACUCACUUCAUUCUCUUGCUCGGUGAAGACAGGACUUGUUGGAGUUUUCUUAAAAUCAUUGAAGACCAUUAUUUGUUAUCGGGUCAAUUAUAAACAUGUAACCUAAAAUAACAAUUACUUUUCAAUCAAUUUAUACAC